AUGAACGUCCACUUUUGUGCGCGACCUGGACAGCCGAUGGACCGUCUUGAAGCAGAGAAAUAUAACUGGAUAACACACAAGCUUGCUGCUGCUGCUGCCUCUGAGACUGCCCAUUCACUCAAUGACAAAUGGCUGGAUGAGCAGAUUGAAGAACUUAAGCGGGCCAACUAUGAGUGCGAUGGGGAGAAGGAGAAGAUUGAACUACGGCGACUGCACAAGCUCGCACAGGAGCAACGAAACACCAUCGUACAACGGCGAGAAACUAUCCAUGGGAGAAGGGAAAUGGAUGACAUAAGGACAGACCAUUUGAAGACGGUCAUGUAUCCCAACCAGUUCGAGGAGUUCGUGAUCCGUGCUCGUGCAGAACAGCUGCUGUUAACCUCCCAGGGAUCGCUGAUUAACAAUUAUCUUCACUCGAGAAAGGGUGUCGAGCUCGAUCUACCUAUAGCGGACCCUAUCGUUGAGCCGUCCGAUAAAAAAGAACGACGGAAGAAGGCCGAGGCGGAGCGAGAGAGGGUGGAGGAUGGUGCUGUCGGCGAUGAGGAAUGGGAGAAAUAUGACCCCGCUGUGAGAGUCAUUCCGAUGAGGACUCUGCAUUAUGAGUGUUAG